GGCGAGGCAGCAGCUAUGGCUGAUCCCGUGCAGGAUCUCCGCAAGGAAGCCACUUGCCCCAUCUGCCUGGAGUGUUUCAGGGAUCCAGUGAUCAUCCCGGAGUGCGGGCACAACUUCUGCCGAUCCUGCCUGAUCCAAUGCUGGGGGGAAUCAGAGGGAGAGGCUUCCUGCCCUCAGUGCAGAGAAAUCAUCCCGCACAGGAACCUCAUCCCCAAUCGGCCUCUGGCAAAUGUUGUGGAAAAACUCCGCCUUCAAGGUGAAAAGGAAGCCGAAGGAAAGGGGAAGAUCUGCGAGAAGCACCAGGAGCCCCUGAAGCUCUUCUGCAAGGACGACCAAAGCCCCAUCUGUGUCGUGUGUGACAGAUCCAAGGAGCACAAAAGCCACGAGGUGAUUCCUCUUGAGGAGGCUUCCCAGGAGUACAAGGAUCAGAUCAGCAGCUGCCUAGACAAUGUGAGGAAGAAGAGAGAGAAGAUUCUGGAAUUUAAAGCACACGCAGAAAAGGAAAGCCAAGACCUGCUUGAACAAACAGAUGCAGAGAGGGAAAAGAUGGUGGCUGAGUUCAGGCGACUGCACCAGUUUUUGGAAGAACAAGAGAAACGUAUUCUGGCCCAGAUGGCAAAGGUGGAGAAGGAGGUUGCAGCAAAAAGGAAGGCGCAACUGGCCAGACUCUCCAGGGAACUCUCCUCUCUUGAGACUCUCAUCCUGCAGAUGGAGGAGAAGCUGCAGGAACCAGCCAGUGAACUCCUGCAGGAUAUUGGAAGCUCCAUGCAUUGGUCUCAGGCGAAGGAGAACUUAGAGGAUCUUCCUGUGGCUUUUCCUCCUGCCCUGAAGUGGAAGAUCUGGGACUUCUGUGAUAUAAAUCCCUUCCUGGAGGGUGUCAUGAAGAAAUUCAGAGACACUGUGAAAUAUGGACUUAAGCUGAGAAAAGAAAACGUAACUUUGGAUCCAGACACAGCAAAUCCCUACAUUAUCCUGUCUGAGGAUCGAAAGAGUGUGAGAAAGGGAGAAGUACGUCAGGACCUGCCAAACAACCCUGAGAGAUUUGACACAUAUGGCGAAGUGCUGGGAUGUGAGACGUUCAAGGAAGGCAGACAUUUCUGGGAGGUCAUUGCGGGAAGAGAGGAGGGAUGGGGGGUGGGGGUUGCCAGAAAGUCUGUGAAGAGGAAGGGCGAUUUAGGUUUUGAUACUACGGAAGGGGUCUGGGGUUUGGGAAAGUGGGACUGUGAGUACAAGUUAUGCUCCCCCCAUGAGGAGGAUGCUGUUACAAGUGAGGAGCCCAAGAGGAUCCGAGUGACCCUGAACUGUGAAGGGGGACGGGUGUCCUUUUACGAUGCCGAUACAGCAGCCCUUCUCUACGCAUAUCCAGCAGCCUCCUUCUCAGGAGAGACCCUCCAGCCCUACUUUUAUGUGGGAGAGACUGGGAACCUGAGACUCUCUUAACUGAAGGUGCAGACAGACAAGCAUAUAUUCAUUGCCAUUAUGACAUAUUCAGUCUCCUCUUCAGGACUGAGCAGACAGGCACUUAAGGAGAAACCAUAUCAGCAGAACUGUGAUUGGCCAUCCCUUGUGUCAAUCAUGAUGCAACUCCCCCUUCUCUGGCCAGCUUUGUAAAUGACACUGAUUGAUUGGCUCCCCUGUCAGUCCCCAAACCUGCCUGUUCUCCCUUCCUUGGGAAUGGGCUCUUUCUGUCAGUGCAUGACAUGCAAAGAGGGAAAGAAGCAAGAAAAUGAUUUAGGAAAAACAGCAACCUCCCACACACUCCUGUUUCGAUGUAGUUCUCUCUCCAACCCCCAAAUCUGACUUAAGAUUUCUAGAGACAAUACCACAAUCUUUUCUGAAUAAAAUCAGAAUUAUGCACGGGCCUCACUUAAAACCUUCCUCAGCCUCAGUCCUGCUCUCAGAUUCCAUAUUCCUUCCCCAAAACCUCCACUGGCCAGGAAGAUGGAAGUUCCAAAAUCCCCCCUUUUUUGCUACUCCUCAGGGAAGGUUAUGUGGCAAUUAAGCAAAAUCUCCAUAAUGAAAUUGACCUGUUUGCAAAUUGAGUACAGUUGACCCAAAACUCACGUGCAACGUACUUGCGCGAUCGCAGCCUGAAGCCCUUCGUCAAAACACGUAAGUUGAAAGAGGUCGA